CUUUGAGGAGUCCUUUGACAGUCCGCCGCAACCAGAGAUCAUAACAUUUGACAUGCCUUUUGCUGGGAGCUGGAGAUGACUCUACUCCAACUCCUGGUUAAAGUACAGAGGAUACCACAACAGAUAAUGUUGCUUGGUGCCCAGAUCCUGGUGUUUCCAGAAGAUGGCCUGCAGGGUUUCGACUUCAGCCGUUCAUCCAUCUCUGGCUACCUAGAAACCAUUCCUGACCCCCAGCAGGAGAGCUGGAACCCCUGCACGGAGCCGGGCAGACACAACAACACUGAGGUCCUCCAGCAGUUGAGCUGUAUUGCCCGGCGUAACAAUCUCUACCUGGUGGCCAACAUGGCUGACCUGCAGCCCUGCCCCCUGCAGACCGACCCCUCCUCCUCCUGUCCCUCUGACGGACGCUGGCAGUUCAACACCAAUGUGGUUUUCAGGUCAGAUGGCCUGCUGGUGGUGCGCUACCACAAACAAAACCUCUUCUUUGAGGAGGCCUUUGACACUCCGCCGCAACCCGAGAUCAUAACGUUUGAGACACCUUUUGCUGGGAGGUUUGGCAUCAUGAUCUGCUUUGACAUCCUGUUCCACGAUCCUACAAUUACUCUGGUGGAGAAGGGUGUGCGACAGCUCGUCUAUCCCACUGCCUGGUUUAACCACCUCCCCCUACUGGGCUCGAUCCAAUUCCAGCGGGCGUUCAGCUUGGGUGCCAAUGUCACCCUGCUAGCAGCCAACAUUCGUAAAGACAAACUGACACAUGGCUCCACAGGAAGUGGUAUCUACACCCCUUUUUCUGCCACCUACCACCACGCCCAGAGAGGAGAUCCAGAGGAGGGCAGGCUGCUGGUGGCCAGGGUGCCAGUUUUAGACCCACUGUGGAUGGGGCAAAGUGUGGCCACGGAGGAGGGGAUUGUUAGGGCUGAGUCAACAUCAACUGCAGCUACAGGCUCUGGAUUCUGUCAGCAGGAAAGCAGUUUUGAUUCUCAUCAUCCAGAAACUGCUUCAUCAGACCCUCCCUCCUCCCCCACCUUCUUCUCAACCAUGGUUUACGACCAUUUUACAUUUGUCCUCUUAAAUGAGACAGAGGGUGAGGUAAACGUGUGCAAUGGCACCUUUUGCUGUCACCUGCAGUACCGGUGGUCACCACAAGGCAGUGGUAAAGAGCUCUACGCAUUGGGAGCAUUUGCUGGAACCCACACUACGCUUGGACGCUUUGCCCUGCAGGUGUGUGCAAUAGUCCGCUGUGCGGGGUUGGACGUCAGUUCCUGUGGACAGGAAGUGGAAGAGGCUGAGUCUAAAAUGGACUUCCUGUUGGAGGGGAACUUUGAGACCAGAUAUGUGUACCCAUCAGUUUUGGCUAGCAAGUUUGUCCUGGAGCAGCCAGAGCAUCUGGAAAGAGCUUCAGAUGGCAGAGUGACCAUGAAACACUCUAACAUGUCUGGUGGGCUGGUCACUGCCUGUCUGUACGGACGAAUGUAUCACCUGGACAAUGAAUGAAUUGUUUUAGAAUAGAUGUGUCAGAACAAUAUCAGAUAUAUUUAAAAAAAACUGAUGAAACAAAACAAUUGUUCUGACCUAGACUGAUGCU